AUGGACUACUUUGACUUUGACUUUGUGAUUGUGCCGUUUUCUUCCUCAGAUCUGGAGAGGCUGACAGAACUCAGCUGGCAUGUGAGAAACCCACUGAUCGCUCUGAAGUCUGAAGGCUGGCAGGUGGACGUGUCCGAGCAGGGAAGUGUCCGUCUGUGGCUUCAGACCGAGGCUCUCAGCAGCGCCGCGGUGCUUCGGCUCAUCCUCAACGACGCAGAGAUCUCCAGCACACCGACUCGUAAGAUUAACUUUGACAAGGCACAGGGUCUGGUGGAGAUCCUGUUUGAUCAGAUUUCAGGAGACGACGAGGGCUCGUACACCGCACAGCUCAAAGACGGCCGGGCCAAGAACCAGUUCACUCUGGUGUUUGUGGAUAAGAAGUUUCGAGACACACUGGCCAAAUCUCAGGCCAACAGACACAACUGGAAGAGAAAGCUGGGUGAGUCGACAGACAGAUCGAGAUGCAUUAAUUCGGAGAACAGCAUAUAA